AUGCCGCGCACUGCUGAGACAGCCAGCUUCAAGUUUAACCACACGAUGCUGCGUGUGCGAGAUCCGGAGGCGUCUCUGAAGUUCUAUACCGAGGUCCUCGGCAUGGACUUGGCGGAGAGGAAAGUCCACGAGACCUUCACGCUCUACUUCCUCGUUUAUAAUUACGGCAACGAGAUCACCGACAGCGUCACCCGCAAGGGGCGCGAGGGAGUCCUCGAGCUGACGCACAACCACGGCACCGAGAGCGACUCCAACUUUGCUGGCUACGCCAACGGCAACUCCGAUCCCGGCCGCGGUUUUGGGCACAUCGCCAUUGUCGUUGAGGAUGUCGAGAAAGCUUGCGAGCGGUUCGAGAAACUGGGCGUCAAGUUUCAGAAGCGCCCCUCCGACGGGAAGAUGAAGGACAUUGCCUUUAUUCUGGACCCAGACGGUUACUGGAUCGAGGUCGUCAAUGGCUACUAUCCCAACGGCUUCUGA